UGUAGACAUUGCAUAGUGUUGUAGUCCAUGAGCGACACAGGGGACACCGGAGAGAACGACCGCAGGAUCCUACGAUCUGCCAGGGGCCCGUUAACUCACGUGUCCCUAGGACCGGAGGGUGAUAGGGAACUGUUCCGCCGGCAGAGGGAGAGGAGAGCUAGAGCAGCCGAGGCCAGCAGAACCUUAAUUGGUGAGGCUGGUGCUACAGCAGCCAUGGCUACAACAGCCACGAGCACGUCUACGCAACAGACUUCUCAAGCCGGUAGCUCAGGUACCGCCGGGUCCACGGUCGCACAAACCGUGAGUCAGUCCACUGGCUUACUAUUAAGCCAGCCCGCGGUGUUGUCCUUUGAGGAUGUCGCCAUCCAGCAGGCAGCCCUGCAAGAGGCACAGUUACAGCAGGCAUUAGGACAGAUAAAGAGAGAGAAGGAAAUGAUGAUUAGAAGGAGAGUCAGGAUGCAACGAAGAGGGGCAGACAUAGAGGAGUUAGAGAGGAUGCACCUGACCACUAUGGAUGAUGAUGUGAGAGUAGUUAGGAUGGCCCUGCUAGGCGUUAUAGAAAUGCAGGAGCAUCAAACUACCAUCCUCCAUGACAUCCCACAGAGCCUAGCCGUUUUGGCAGGCCGUGCUCAGGCAGCACCAUCUCCAUCAGGGCCUGGUGCCUGGCCUGUGCCAUAUCCUCCCUUCUCUGUCCCACCGGUGACUGGGGUAUCCCCAUAUGUAGCCCCGUCAACGGUUGCUAUCGUUUCCCUGGGCAUGCCGCUGUCAGGAGGGGUAUCAGCAGGGAGUAGUUUACAGGUUCCUGUUCAGACAGUGUUUACUCCAAGUCCGUCACAGGUUGCAAUCACCACGCAACCUGCUUUCUCGCAGCCAGUGCAGCUUCAGGGCACACAGCCCCAGCAGCUAGCACAACAACCUAUUUCACCGGGUCCACAGCCUGGAAUGAUGCAUGGACCGGGACAGACACAGUGGGUUCCAAAGACGGCCAUCACCGCUCCCAAACCUUUUACAGGGGAUAAGAGAGGCGAGGACCUCGACACAUGGUUGAGGGUUGUGMCGGUCUACGUCAAGUGCAAACUCUCCUUGCCGCAUGAAGAAGUGUUUGUGGYUGCGUCUUACCUCGAGGGUAGUGCAGCAAGAUGGUUGAGCGGUCUAGUGCAACUUCAGGGRUAUGGUCAUGACUUCCUCRCUUGGGCGGCCUCCCARAAAUUGGAGGACUUCCUAAAGAUGGUGGAGGAGAGGUGGCAUGAUCCUCAGGAGGCUCAAAGGGCCACUGACGCGAUCCUGAUACUGCACACGCGGCAGUUCAAGUYAGUAAGGGAAGCCACCGACGCUGUAGAGCGUUUGAUCUGUGUCCCUGGGGUACGUUAUGAUCCUCAGCGCCUGAGUCGACCUGUGGAGUCGACCUGUGCCAACAAACAGCGCAUGGUAGUUAAUGACUACCUCCAUGAUGUAGAGUAUGUUUUCCCGUACGCGGGAGGGGACUUGAGACAUCGUGUCUCGUUCCUGGUGAGUGACGAGCUCCCAAUGGACAUGUUACGAGGGGUUGUUGAGAGGGAGGUCGUCCACGCAAUAGAGAUUAUCCCAGGGUCUAGUAUUCCAAGGGGGAGGAUCUAUCGGAUGUCUCCAGGCGAGCUUGAUGAGCUUCGCCGCCAACUCAAGGAACUCGUAGAGAAGGGCUGGAUCCGGCCGAGUGUCUCUCCUUAUGGGUCUCCAGUUUUAUUCAUGCCUAAGAAGAAGGAGGGAACCCUUAGGAUGUGCAUUGACUAUAGGGGCCUCAAUGCCAUCACUGUCAAGAACAGAGAGCCCCUACCGCGCAUCGACGAUCUGCUAGAUAGAGUGCAAGGGUGUCGGUACUUCAGCAAGAUAGAUCUGAAGUCCGGGUUCCAUCAGAUUGCCAUACGGCCCGAGGAUCAACACAAAACCGCUUUUCAGACCAGGUACGGUCUGUACAAAUUUGUGGUGAUGCCUUUUGGCCUUUGCAAUGCUCCUGGCACCUUUCAGCACGCUAUGAAUCGGAUAUUCCAUGACUACUUGGAUAAGUUUGUCAUCGUGUACCUCGAUGACAUACUUAUUUUCAGUAAGACUGUCGAGGAACAUGUGGCACAUCUGGACAAAGUCCUCGGCCUCCUGCGACAGCACAAGUUCAAUAUCAACGGUGAGAAGUGCGAGUUUGGCCGCACCCGUGUCUUGUACUUGGGUCAUGAGAUUUCUGCGGAGGGAUUGAAGCCCGAUGAUGCGAAGGUGGCCAAAAUUCGUGAUUGGCCACGUCCUCAGUCUGUGACUGAGAUGAGAUCUUUCUUAGGAAGGACAGGCUACUAUAGGACUUUCGUUAAGAACUACAGCAUAGUGACCGCUCCUUUGACUGAUCUUACCCGCCUUGAUACCCCUUGGGAGUGGACAAAUAAGUGCGAGGCUGCUUUCAGACAUCUGAAGCAUGCACUGACRCACUAUGAAGUCUUGAAACUUCCUGAUCCUGACAAGCCGUUUAUAGUCACAACGGAUGCCAGCCAAUAUGGCAUUGGCGUCGUGCUUGCGCAGCAGGAGGGGCCAAAGUUGAGGCCAGUAGAGUACAUGUCCAAGAAAAUGUCGUCUCAGAAGUUGGCUAAGUCCAAUUAUGAGAAGGAACUCUAUGCGGUGUACAAGGCUCUCACCCAUUUGAGACACUAUCUCCUUGGGCGGUUCUUCAUCCUCCGGACUGAUCAUCAGACCCUGCGAUGGAUGAGAACACAACCGGUACUCGCUGAUGCUCUCAAGCGUUGGAUCGAAGUCAUUGAGCAAUAUGACUUUGACCCUCAGUAUCUCAAAGGGGAGUAUAACAAGGUUGCUGAUGCCUUGUCGCGCAGACCGGACUUCUCAGGUGCGCUGAUUACUGAGUUCGAUCUGACGGACGAUGUUACUCAGUCUUUGGUGGAAGCCUAUCGUCAAGACCAGUUUAUGUCUGAGAUCAUACGCAGACUUGAGGCGAAGGAUAAGAAGACCUCCGCCGAGUUUGAAUUGGUCAAUGGAUUGGUCUUCCUAGAGAAGGCAGGGAAUAAACGCUUGUGUGUUCCAAAUAGCGAGUCUUUGCGUAGUUUGUUUUUAGGCUAGUGUCAUGAUGCCACCGGCCAUUUUGGGUACAAGAAGACCGCAACCAACUUGCUGCAGCGGUUCUGGUGGCCCACGAUGAUGAAAGAUACACAGCUGUACGUGGAAACUUGUCAAGUAUGCCAAAGAGACAAGCCCCGUACUCAGGCUCCUCUAAAACGGGCACAUGGAUCCGACCGUGAAAAUGGUUGGAUACAUUCCCCUAGGUGCCAAUGUGAUGAGCCUUACAAUCCUCUAACAAAACACAUCUUGAGCA